AUGGAUUCUAUAAAUAGAAGGAUUAAAAGCUUGAAUAGAUUUCUUCCGCAAACAAAUCCGUGGCUCAUCUUGAUGGCGUCUGUGCCUGUGGCACUUGCAACUGGAACUCUCUUCGUUUAUUCGGUUUAUGCAACUCAAUUAGCUGAAAAAUGCCACUUAGACACUUCACAAACAGCCAACUUAAAUAUCAGCUCAACAAUAGGUACAGCUGUAGGAGGAAUUAUGAGCGGAUUGAUAGCUGACGCUUACGGGAGCCAAAUUCCUAUGUUGUUUAGCUGUUUCUCCUUGACAUUAGGUUACAAUUGGCUCUACCAUUUGUUCGAACUUGGUUCUCUGGCUAAUUUACUUGCAUUAGAGAGUGCAAUGUUUUUUGUUGGUUUUGGGUCUUCUUCUGGAUACUUUAGCUCAUUGAAAGCGGUUACCGUUAGCUUUCCAGAGUUUAAGGGAUCCGCUCAAAGCAUUACCAUAGCAUCGUUUGCCAUAUCUAGUUUAAUUUUUCUGAAUAUAGCUACAAGGAUAUUUAAAGGUGACGUUGCAGGUUUUUUAUUUUUCCUAAGCAUUAUAUCUGGAGUCACUACUAUGACUGGUUUUGUUUUCGUUAGAUUCAAUGGCCAUCUCGAUGAGACAGGAGAACACUUAAGUCUAAUAGAGGAAGCUCGAGAAGAGUUAGAGAUUAUCAAUUCGUCCUCACGCAACGAUUUGAGGAAUAUGGAUAUAAAUGGAUCGGUCUGUCAUCCUAUUUUUUGGUACCAUUAUUUUAUCUUUACUUUCAUUCAAGGGUUCGGCCAGAUGUAUAUAUAUUCUAUUGGAUUUAUCUUGAAAGCCAUUAAUCGUUACUAUUCAGAUGAGUUUGACGCAUUAUCAUUGGGUGGUUUGCAAGCGCUACAUGUGUCGUUGAUCGCCGUGUCUUCUUUUGCUGGUCGUCUCUCUGCUGGUCCCCUGUCUGAUUUUUUUGUGAGAAAACUUAAAUGUCAAAGACACUGGAUUUUGAUAUUGGGAGUAAGCAUUAUGUUUGUGGGGCAUUUCUUGAUUCUGAGAUCUAUCAACAAAACAGCUGGCAAUCUACAUGAGGCUAAUACAUAUUUACUGAUAUCUUCUGUUCUCAUAGGAUAUGCUUAUGGAUUUUCUUUUACAGGAUUUCCAGCAAUUAUAUCUGACAUUUUUAACAUGAAAAAUUAUAGCUUUAUAUGGGGGUUAAUGUAUUCAAGUACAAUAUUUGGCUUGACUUUAAUGACAAAAUUAUUCGGCAUUGUCUAUGACUCUAAUAGCGGAGAGCAUGAUGGGGAAUAUGUCUGUACCAAAGGUUCUGAAUGUUACAAUUAUACAUUCAAAAUCACUUCUUACUUAUGUUUGUUUGUCAUCAUCUUGCUAUUAGGAUAUAUUUGGAAGCAUUCUCUAGCACACCAUCGAUAG